AUUCACAUUGGUGGAAGACCACCAGACGAGUUUAGCGAAGGAAUCGAAACGUCUUUCACUGGCUGUAUGGCUCGUUUACAGCUGAAUUCGGUGGAUUUGCUCAGUUUUGCUCCUAGGGAUGGUGGCCUAAAGUGCCAGGAAUCACGUGCCAUCAUCCCCUUCUCCUUCCUGCCAUUCUCAUUCGAGUUUCGUAUUCUACCAGUACCAUCCAUACUGCUUGAUAUGGUCGACGUCGAUAACAAAACUUUGCUGCAAACGACUGUAGAUGAGGCUAAAACGUUGCAUCUCGUUAGCAAUGUGACCAAAUUCAAGCAAAUCGCUCAUCCACAAAUCAAUGUUGCCGACGGUGGUUGGCACAGUUUCUCGUUACGAAUCCGUGGACCUCGGCUUGAGGUGGAGAUUGAUGGUUAUACGAAACCCUACGUCCCAUAUUCAGUUGAGCCGGCCGAAAGAGGACAUAAGGCUGUAGAUAGUACUGGUCAAAAGUAUUACCCUUGA